GAAUCACCCCUUCGAAUCCAGCCCAUGACGUCGCAUCUGCUAACCUUCAUCGGCUUACAGACCACUUGUGGAGGUCUCUAGCAUUCUGAGAGCCUUCUGAGAGCCUUCUGAGAUUCUACUGAACCAUAUUUGCUCUUUGCACAACCUCCAACCAUGCUUCCCCGACUUACGCUCAAUGCUGCCAGGCCAGUUCGUAAGCUCUUCGCCGUGGCCCCUGCCAGGGUGGCCUUCCAAGCCAGGUUCCUCUCCGAGAGGGCUAUUCCCACAGGCACCACGGGCAGGAAAAUGCCCGUUGAUCCCCGUCGCGAAACAGCGGAGGCAUCCGAGAUGCCUGCUACUUUCACAAUCCAGGGAGGGCCCGUCUUUCAAGGCACAGCGUUCGGCGCCAAUGCCAACGUGAGCGGAGAAGCCGUGUUCACGACCUCGCUCGUUGCCUAUCCGGAGAGCAUGACCGAUCCUUCCUACCGGGGCCAGAUACUGGUCUUCACCACUCCGCUCAUCGGUAACUACGGCGUUCCAUCGAACGAGCGGGAUCAGUACGGCCUACUGAAGUACUUCGAAUCCCCUCACAUCCAGUGCGCGGGAGUGGUCGUCGCCGAUAUCGCCGCCCAAUAUAGCCACUGGACGGCUGUAGAGAGCUUGAGCAAGUGGUGUGCUCGCGAGGGCGUUCCGAUCAUUUCUGGCGUUGAUACCCGGGCCAUCGUCACCUUGCUCCGCGAGGAGGGCUCCUCCCUUGCCAGGAUCUCCAUGGGGGGAAGCUACGACGAGGAUGAGGACGCUGGCUAUACGGAUCCCGAACAGCAGCAUCUCGUCUCGCAUGUAAGUACGAAGGCCCCGUUUCUGGUGGAAUCGAAGGGCGCAUCUUUGCAUAUUGCCCUUUUAGACUGUGGUGUCAAGGAGAACAUUCUACGAAGUCUCGUCGCCCGAGGCACCUCCGUGACCGUUUUCCCGUACGACUAUCCGAUCCAUAAAGUUGCCCAGCAUUUCGACGGCGUUUUCAUCUCGAACGGCCCAGGCGAUCCGUUGCAUCUGACGACCACUGUCCAAAACCUGCGGCGCCUUAUGGACACAUCCAACAUACCAAUCAUGGGCGUAUGUAUGGGGCAUCAAGUCAUCGCGCUCGCUGCUGGCGCUCGUACCAUAAAACUACCAUACGGCAACAGAGGGCACAAUAUCCCGGCUUUAGACCUUACAACAGGCGCUGCAAUCAUUACGAGUCAGAACCAUGGUUAUGCAGUCGAUGCGAGCACCUUGCCCAGCGAUUUCAGGCCGUAUUUCAUCAACUUGAACGAUGGCAGUAAUGAGGGACUGAUACACAAGUAUCGACCCAUCUUCUCUCUCCAGUUUCAUCCAGAAGCCAAGGGAGGACCUGAAGACUCUGUUUAUUUGUUUGACAAUUACAUGCGAGCCGUCCAGUCCUAUAAGGACAGCCAGUCUGUUUACAAGGACAACCGGCCUUCGCAGCUCAUGCUUGAUAUCCUCAGCAAGCAGCGCGUGGGUGCCUAGCCCCUAAGGCAGGCUAUCGGUGCAUAGGUGAAACGAGAGAAGCAGCCUUGCGGAAAAUGCUUAGUACGGUAUGAUGACGUAUGAUGACGGGCAAGAACAAACAAAGGGAACGCGCAUAUGUAGCAGGGAAGAUGAUGGAUCUUGGAUUCUUCAGAGGUUGCCUUAAUUAGCUAUUUGCUGCAUUGAUUGGGAAUGCUAACUAAUUUUCAAUACAAGGUCUCGCUGCCUUGUAAGUCUCGAGAUGUUCUCUAUAUGAUCCAAAUGCUGCCAUGGGCAGAGUACUUGGUGGGUCUAAUUUAGGGAGGGGGGUUCAACGAUUAGCAAAUACGCCAACAACUCGUAAAAAAAAAUAAGUGACCUCUUCUGCCCUAUAA